CAAAUUUCACAAUUUGGCUAUGGCGUUUUUGUGUUGGUGGUUUAUUGUUUUGUGUUGGUGGUUUAUAAAGCAUCCCCUUCCCAACCACUUUGUCCUGUUGUUUGGUUGGAUCUCAGAGGGAAUGGAAGAUAUUGUAUCAGAUUUUGUGAGAAAUCUUGUGAGCCCGCAGCAGAUAAUUAUACAAUACAUCGUGUGGCUGAACGCAAUUCUAACAGACCUGAAUACAAGUGCACAAUUUCCUGUCUUCCACUGAUAUGUAUUUUAAUAAUGGACUUAAGAAAUAUCCAUCAGUGCAUCGACUUUGGACAAAGUGAGGUGCCUUCAUUCACAUGGAGCUCAAACUGCAAACUUCCUGAUUCGUUGUCUGGAUUAUCAGAUUGCAUCAUCAACAUCAUUCAUCCAUAUGUUGAUGACUGCAAAGAAACGCCUCUAAUGAAAUGUGUGGAUCAAUGGACCUUUAUCAACAUGGAAAAUCUAAGUCAGACCACUACUAUUAAACCACAAAAUAACAUCACGAUCACCACCUCAAAUAUUUUGAGAGAAUGUGAUUCUGAAGACAUUGGACAGACAUAUAAAAAUAAUGACCUGAUCUCUGUUGAUGAAUUGAUCAGGAAAUGUAAAGGAAAGUCAAAUACAGUAAAGAAUGUCCAGAAGUUGAUUUCCAUAAAAAACACAUUUCACAACAUUACCAAGCAGGGACCUCAGAAAGUAAUCCUUGAAAGCCUCAAAGGCUCAGUGACAUCACAUCAGAAGAACAAUUUGUUAAACUUUAGAAUGGCUCUACCCUCCACCAAUAAGGCCACGUUGGAGAAGAUGGAUGACAUUUGGUUGGAGAUUCCUACUGAGGAUUUUAAUGAUUUUCUGGGAAAGACAAAAGGGGAAGUUAACCUGGGAGCAUUUUGGUUUGAGAAUGACAGCCUGUUCCCGGUGGAGGAGAACAACACUAAGCUCCUAAACAGUCGAGUGGUAUCCAUCGAUGUGGGAGAGGACAUCUCAGGCCUCAGUACCAAUAUAAAGAUAACGUUCCUCUUCCAGAAUGCAUCACUGGAAAACAAAUCACUAACAUGUGUGUUCUGGGAUGUUGGAAAUGAUAAUGUUGCACAUUGGAAUUCCUCUGGAUGUGUCACUGAGACAGAGGAAAAUCAAACAGUAUGCUCUUGUGACCACCUUUCAUUCUUCGCAGUACUUAUGGCACCAGACAGUGUCUCCAGUGCCAGUCUGAGCUCCUCCUCUGUGUGGUUGCUGACGUUGUUGUCUAGGGUGGGCUGUGGAAUAUCCCUCUGUUUCCUGUGUCUGGCUCUCCUAAUCCACCUCAGAAGGGGUAAAUCUGAUGAUUCCCUGUGUAUCCACAUCCACCUGUGCGUGGCGCUGUUGUGCCUCAACCUGACCUUCCUCACCAACGACAGCCUAGCCUCUCUUGGCAUCCACGGCCUGUGUGUUGCUACAGCAACAGCCACCCACUACUCCCUGCUGUGUACCCUCACCUGGUUCUCCCUGGAAGGCUUCCACCUCUACCUGCUCAUCAUCCGGGUCUUCAACAUCCACUUCAACAGAUACCUCCUCAAACUGGGCCUGGUAGGAUGGGGAAUACCUGGCAUAGUAGUUACCAUAAUUGUCGCUUGUGGCAAAUAUGGAGAAUACAACCUAUACCAGCAAGACGGUGGGGCUGUUAAAAUGUGCUGGUUGACUGACUCUGCUCUGACCACGGUGUCCUUCUCGUACUUCGUGCUGACAUUCGUGGUGAACGUGCUGUGCUUUGGGUCUGUGACAGUGAAGGUGGUGAGGGCACACCGUCAGAGUCCAGUCCUGAGGGGGAGUGGUAUGAGCAGGGGGACAGUACUCAGUCUGCUGGGUCUGGCCUGGCUCCUGGGGGUCUCCUGGGGGGUCCUGCUCUUCCAGUUUGGCCCCCUGAAGGAGACAGCCUUCUACAUCUUCUGCACCGUCAACUCUCUCCACGGCUUCUUCCUGUUUCUACGCUAUUGGGCUUUAACUCGGCCAGAGAAGGCAUCUAUCUCCACGGCAACCACUGUAGCUUCUUCAACUGAGAUGCAUCCAACUGAGAGGCUAGUCCCUGACUAACAUGGUUAAACCUUUUACUACUAAUACCACUGCUUCCAUUUUGUUACCACAGAAGCACAAUAUUUAGUAUGUUGGUUUUUAACAUACCACUAUAGGCAAACAUAAGCAUAAAUUAAAGUGUAAGCACCAAAAUAAAAACAUGUUUCCAGGUUUGCUCGUAAGUUUACUGUGCUCAUAUAUAUAUUUUUUUUUCAAAGUUUCAAAGUGUUGUAUUUUGUGACACACCUUCCAUGCAUAUUCAGUUUUGAUGUGUAUAGUCCUAGGCAAAUAAGCAACACAUCUAUUAGGUUCAAAUUAUUUUCCUCCCCAUCUCUGAAAAUAUUAACAAAUAAGUUUGGCUACCCGAUCUAUCACUCACCAUUGUGCAUGAGGGUAAGAUGGAGUGGUCGACUAUCAAGUGGUGCCUUUCUGUUUCUUUGAUUGUCAUAAAAAAAUCAUCUGAAAGAUAGUAUGUCCUUUUUUAGUCCAUCUGUAACAUUUUGGAUCAUUUUGAUUUCCCCUUUGGUUUUUGCAGAAUAGUUCUACAGUAUAUAGUCUCAUAGCCUAUGGGCUACCUGAGAUAAAAUUAGGCCUAAAUUAGUCAAGUAGAUAGUACCUUAUCAUAACACAAAAACAAUAUUUGCAGGGAUGUGAAAUUAAUGGUUACAAAUUUAUAUUUUUAUUAAGAUUGUGUAGACGGUUUUUUUGUGUAAAUAAUGUAUUUGUGUAAAUAAUAAUUUGAAAGGGGGAGAUGCCUCACAAGACUCUCUGUGUUUUUCUAUCUCUCCUGCAUAUGCUCUUUUAAUUUUCCUUUUAAUCUAUGAUCAUAUUGUUUUGU